AUGAGUACACAUGAAAAUUUAAAAAAUGAUAGAAAUAAGUUAAGUGAUAAAAUUAUUAGUGAUGAAAUUAUUAGUGAUAAAAUUAUUAGUGAUGAAAUUAAAAGUGAUGAAAUUAAAAGUGAUGAAAUUAAAAGUGAUGAAAUUAUAAGUGAUGAAAUUAAAAGUGAAAAAGUAGAAAAUAAAGUGAUAUAUAGUAAUGAAGAAAAUAAACAAAGAGUAGAAGACAAAAAUAAUGAUGAACAAGAUGAUAUAAAGAAAAGUGAUGAGAAAAAUGAAAUGAAAGGAGAUAAAAGAAAAACAAUAAAGCUUGAUGAUGAUGUAAAUAUAAAUAAGAUCAUAGAAAAAAUAUCAAAGGAAGAACCACAAAUGUUAACAAAGAUAUUAAAUUUGAUGAAAAAUGAUAAUUGCUUAAAUUUUUAUCCUUUACUUACUCCAUAUCACAAUAUUGAAAAAAUAGUAGAUAUAUUAAUAGAAGAAAAUUAUGAGUAUGAAAAUACUUGGUGUGUACAUUAUGAUGCAUCAUUCAUCUGUCAAUUAUUUUAUGAAGGUUUUAUACCAGUAGCAAGUAAGCAAAAAGUUUGCAAAAUAGAAAAUUAUGAAACAAAAAUUUACAAAGAAUGUCUUUUAAUUCCAAAAAUCCACUAUAUUAGAUCAUGCAUGCAUCCAAGUGAAAUACAUAUUUCAAAAAAAGUAAAAAAAAAAUGCAAAAAUUUUUAUAUAACAAUAGAUAAGGAUUUUAAUGGAGUCAUGGAGGGAAUUGUAGAAAAACACGGACAAAAUUGGUUAUAUCCCUUCGUUCAAAAAGAAUUUAAAAGAAUUUUUGAAAAAAGUGUAACUUAUAAAAAUGUUCAAAUGCAUUCUGUUGAAGUAUGGUAUGAAGAUAAAUUAGUGGCUGGUGAAAUUGGGAUAACAGUAGGAUCUAUUUAUACAAGUUUAACAGGUUUUCAAAGAAAAAAUUGUGCUGGUACUAUUCAAUUGUGUGCAUUAGCUAAAUUAUUAGAAUUUCAAAAAUUUCAAUUAUGGGAUCUUGGUAUGUUGUUACCAUAUAAAAAGGAAAUAGGAUCGAAAGAAAUUCCAAUGAAAGAAUUUUUUAGAAAACAUAGAGUAUUUAAAUUUCAAAAUGCUGAAUUUAAAGUUCCAUUUAAAGAUAAAUUAAACUGUAGUGUUCUUAUUAAAGGGACUGAUAACAACGAUUUUGAUUAA